CAGUUACAGUUGAAGCAAGUCGAGCGGUUCCACGCACAUCUGACCUCAAUUGCUGAAAAUGGGGUGCAGCCUCACAAUUUUGAAUUUUUACUAAACAUCAAGGGAAGCAAAAAAUUCGGACCUGGCAAAUCCACCACCGCAAGACUUAGAUCUCAUUCUUGGAGGAUCUUUUUCCAUUCGUGAUCUCGUAAAUCUUUCCAAGGAGGUGCCAGGGAAGCACGGGACCGGCUACUAGUUGCCAUCUUCAGAUUCUCAGAUCCAACUUGACUUUGCAACCGGCACAUCGUACCGGUACAUGUCCAAGUGCGACAGCCAACAGCAGCAACAAUUUGAGCCCAGCGUUACCAGUACCAUACCCCAACGCAACCUCCCAUAAUUUUGACCUUGGCUCAUUCUGAAACACUGAAAAUGAAGUUCUUCCAGAAAAGCAAAGGCAAAGCUAAGGGCAAGGGAAAAGCCAAGGGUCUACCAGUAACUACUGUGGAGGAAGCGAGUGAGAACGUCAGUGAGCCUCGUACUAGUAGUACCACUAGUACAUGUACUAGUACAACCAAUGACGCUACCGGUACCACCACGAAUAAAACUAAUAAUAAUAUUAGUAGGUUUGAAGACAAGUGGGAUGCGGAGAGAGUGGUUCAGGUGGCUGAGCGCUGGGGAUUGACGGACGAAGAAACGAGCCAACUCGAGGAACUACGAGACCGCGUUGCCGAUGUGCGUCACGAGAUGAAUGAUCCCCAAGAAGUCGUGCGCUUCCUGCGGGAUGCCAAAACGAUCAAGGACGCCGAGAAGAUGUUUCGUACAUUUAUCGAGUUUCGACGCAACGAAAUGGAUACCAUUCUCGACGACUUUCAGCCCCAUCCGCUCCUCAAGAGUCACUUGCCAAUGACGCUGCUCAAUGCCCAAGAUAAGGACGGCGACGGAAUCUGGAUCGAACGACCAGGUGCUGCCGACCUGUACGGACUCUACGAACGCUUUGGAAAGGACGACCUCUUAAAGUAUGCUCUCUAUGUAAGAGAACAAGCCACCAAGACACAACGCUACCGAGAUCACCAAGCCAAGCACGAUUGCAACCCAAAACUCGUAUGUAUCGUUGACGUACAAGGACUCAACCGGAGACACAUGCGGCCGGCCUUGCUCCCCAUUCUGGCCCAUGCCAUUCAAGUCAUUCAAGACUACUACUGCGGAUACAUCAAGAAAAUCAUUGUCAUCAGGGAACCUGCACUCUUUCGAAUCUUUUGGAGCAUGAUCAAGGGAUUCUUCAACCAGAACAUGAAGGAUCUCAUGGUAUUUGCAGGAUCUGACUACGAAAGGGUCCUGGCUGAAUACAUUGACGACUUGGAAGAAGCUUUGCCGCCCUGCAUUCUACCUCAGGGACGUGGAACCGUCGCCGAGGGAAUGCCUCAGCGCAUCGAGGGCGGUCCAUGGUUGCCGUCUGAAGCAGCUCCGCUGGAUAAACAACUCAAGGACAACGGAACAUACGACUCUACAACUUCCAUGACGGAGGAUUGCUCGUGGGCAUCCUUGUCCGAACACCAAGACUUCGACUUGCAACAACCUUUUGAACACGAAACACCCGUGCGAGUCAAUGUCCAGGGGCGUCUAUUGCUGAACGGCUCCUUCUAAUACAGUACCGGUAAUACAGUACUAGUAGAAUAGACCAAAGCUGGCUGUUUGGCACAUGCCAGUGGAUAGGUACCGUACAGCAGUCAUAAUAUUUUAUUAAUACGACACUGUAACAUACCGGUAGCCCAUCUUUUAUUCAAAAGAACCAGGAGCUGGUGGGUGACGAAAACUUGUGGCAAGCAACCAAGCAAGUCGUCACUCAUAACUGCUCCACGGCCCACCUCGUCACCGUAGCCAGCUACUUCUAUAGAGAAUAUUGGGAUCCAGGGAGGCAUGUCAACGGAACGGAACUUCUGCAAUUCAAGUAGCCGCAACUCUUAUUUGUCCGGUUUGCUUGCUUCUCGUCUAUGAAGGCCCGCGAUCGCUAGUUAUUGAUCAAGGCCGACAAAAACUAGCUACCGGUAGCUAGCUAGCUAGAGUACGAGUAAACCCAGAGCUGUUACCUUCAGACCGCAUCCCAACAGUUGCUGAACUGCCCCUGAGCAGUUGCUGAACUGUCGGCAACGCCAUCAUCAUCUAUCCGGCCAGCUAUCUGACAGGCUGUGA